CACGUGUUUAAAUAGUUGAUAUAAAACCCCGGCGCAGGGGAUCCAGGCGGGGGGGACUUUAAGACCAGCCCUCUCCAGGGACCCUUUUGUUCAGCUCUCAAACAUAAGCACCUUCUCGCCUCGCCAGGACUUCAGUAGCAACUUGGCCAAGAAGGAAAAGCCCGGCUUCGGGAGAGAGCCGCCCCGGCUUCGGGAGAGAGCCGCCCCGGCUGCGGCGGCAGCUCUCCGAAAUGUCCCGCUCUUUCUAUGUCGACUCCUUAAUCAUCAAAGACUCCUCGAGGCCGGCUCCGUCCCUGCCUGAGCACCACCACGGCCAGGACUUCUUCAUCCCUCUCAGCAUGCCUUCUCCCCUCGUCAUGUCGGUGUCGGGCCCGGGCUGCCCGUCCCGCAAGAGCGGCGCUUUCUGCGUCUGCCCUCUCUGUGUCACCUCGCACCUGCACUCCUCCCGCCCCGCUGCCGCCGCCGCCGGGGCCGUCCCCCUCAUCAAGAGCCAGUUCCCCGCCGCUGCCGCCGGCGAGGCCCAGUGCUGCCCGCGGGCCGGCCACGCUCACCACCCGCAGCAGCACCCGCCGCCCGUCGCCUCCGGGCCCGCCGCCGCCUCCCUGGGGCACCCGGCGCAUCACCCACCUGCCUGCGCCGCCACCGCCUACAGCGUCAGCGACCCCCGGAGGUUUCACUGCCUCGGCAUGGGAGCGUCCGAUUCCAGCCAAAUUCAAAACGGGAAAAGGAUGAGGACAGCUUUCACCAGCACCCAGCUCUUGGAGCUGGAGAGGGAAUUCUCCUCCAACAUGUACCUGUCCCGGCUGCGGAGGAUCGAGAUAGCCACCUACCUGAACCUGUCCGAGAAGCAAGUGAAAAUCUGGUUCCAAAACCGGAGGGUGAAGCACAAGAAAGAAGGCAAAGGCACCCAGCGAAACUCGCACGGGGGCUGCAAGUGCAGCACCAACCAGGGGCAUUACCCCAGGUCGGAGGACGAAGAAUCUCUGUCCCCCUCAUCGGCGACCGAGGAUAAAGAGAUCUCCCCGCUAUGAGCCCGGCGCGGAGCUCGGAUCCCGCCGCCGAGUCCCAGCCCGGAGCAGGCAGAGGCACCGCUGCUCACCUGGAGCAGCCGGACCGGGGACAGCAGCCCGCCGCCCCGGAGCGGACUGGCCCUGCCGGCCGGAGGCUCCUUUUCAUCCUUUCGCAGUCAUAGAGAGAGAGAGAGAAAUAUAUUUUUUGAACGUAAAUGUUUUAGUCCUGAGAGUUCAACUAAAACGUUAUUUAAGUAACCCCAGGAGCGGGCACCUGCUCUUCCUAACAUAUAUCCCGGGACUGGACUCGCACUGACCGGGGUGCCUCCCCCCGCCUCCCCCUGCCAAGUUAAAGGAGAAAAAUUAAAAAGAAAGCAUUUGGAACUGAAAGACGAGACUUUAAAAAACUGAAAAGCAAACAAAAACCUGUAGAGCUGAGAACCUCCUGGACGGACUUCUGAACAAAAAUAAGAACAGAAGUAAAAAUCGGUCGUUUGUGUCUGGGACGGCGGUUUGUUUGUGAAUAGUUUUAUAUAAAAUUUAUAUUUAUAUUUAUUUAAAUAAAAGAGAUCAGAUGAGAAUUGGGCUUUUUUCUUCUCCUCCCUCUCCUCCUCCAAGUGCCAGCCUGGUCCGAACAGCGAAGGUGAGCUGGCUGGGCAGGAUGCGUUUCUUCUCAGUCCUUUGUACGGUGAAAGCAUCGGUGUGUAUGUGUCAGACCUCCGAAAAGACUAGAA